AUGAUGGGUGGAAAAUAUGCACCAGUACUAGCAAAUAAUGGUCUUGUAACUGUUGGAAAUCAACAAUCAGCUAUUCAAAGAUUAACUCAAGAAAGAUAUCAAUUCUAUGAUACUCCUGAUACAUAUGAAGCCAGAAUUCGACCACUAUUAUUAGGGGUAGUAGACAAUGAUGCACAAGUUUUGGGAUUCCUUAAAAGCCAUUUAACACAUGGGCAAAAUUUGAGUGGAAGGAUUCCAGAGAAAUUAAGUCAAAUUCCCAAUCAAAUACAAGCCUUACCUAGUAUAAAUCCACUAUCCUAUUCUUUACCACUAGUUGCUCCA